GUCGGACUACUUCCGUAACUUUGUGGACUCUUGUCUUCAAAAGAUCCCUCAGGACAGGCCUACCUCAGAUGUGCUGCUCAAUCACCAUUUCCUAUGCCGAGAGCGCCCCCAUUCUGUAGUGAUGGAUCUGAUCACGCGCACCAAAGACGCUGUGCGAGAGCUGGACAACCUGCAGUACAGGAAGAUGAAGAAGAUCCUGUUUCAGGAAACUCACAAUGGCCCCACACAGGAAGGAGGAGAGGAGGAAGAGGAAGCAGAGCAGUACCUCUUGCAGACGGGCACGGUGAACAGUAUGGAGAGCUCUCAGUCUGUGCCCUCUAUGUCCAUCAGCGCCAGCUCCCAGAGCUCCUCAGUCAACAGCCUGGCCGAUGGCUCCGACGACAGUGCUGAGAUGGCCAUGAUGCAGGAGGGAGAGCAGACAGUCAUGUCUAACAGCUCCAUCAUUCACCGCCCCACUGCACGUGAUAAUAUUUACGAUGACCCAUAUCAGCCAGAGAUGGAGUCUCCACAGCAGGCAUCCUCGGCCGCUCGGAGGAGGGUGCACAGGAACAGAGACCAUUUCGCCACCAUCCGCACAGCCUCUCUUGUGACGCGUCAGAUUCAGGAGCAUGAACAGGGCUCAGCUCUGAGGGAGCAGAUGUCCGGAUACAAGCGCAUGAGGAGGCAGCACCAGAAACAACUGCUGGCUCUGGAGAACAAACUCAAGUCUGAGAUGGAUGAACAUCAGCUCAGACUGGACAAAGAGCUGGAGACCCAGAGAAACAACUUUAGCAGUGAAGCCGACAAGUUGAGUAAGAAACAUCAGGCUAUCCUGGAAAAAGAGAUUAAAGCUGCACAGGCGGAAGAGAAAAAAUUUCAACAGCACAUAUUGAACCAGCAGAAGAAAGAACUCAACAGCCUGCUGGAUUCCCAGAAACGCCAGUACAGGCAACGCAAGGAGCAGCUCAAGGAGGAGCUGAGUGAGAACCAGUCCACGCCGAAGCGAGAGAAGCAGGAAUGGUUGGUGAGGCAGAAAGAGUGUCUGCAGCAGAUCCAGGCUGAGGAAGAGGCUUCGUUAUUACGGCGACAGAGGCAGUAUUAUGAGCUGCAGUGCCGACAAUAUAAGAGAAAGAUGCUGCUCGCGAGACACAAUCUAGAGCAGGACCUGCUCAGAGAGGACUUGAAUAAACGUCAGACUCAGAAGGAUCUCGAGUGUGCCAUGUUGUUGAGACAUCACGAGUCCACUCAAGAGUUGGAGUUCAGGCAGCUGGGGCUGGUCCAGCACACUCGGGCCGACCUGAUCCGAACGCAGCACCAGAGCGAACUGGCCAACCAGAUGGAGUAUAAUAAGCGGCGUGAGCAGGAACUCCGUCAGAAACACGCUGUGGAGGUCCGCCAGCAACCCAAGAGCUUAAAGACGAAAGAGCUCCAGAUCAAACGUCAGUUCCAAGACACCUGUAAGAUUCAGACACGACAAUACAAAGCCUUGCGCAACCACCUGCUGGAGACCACGCCCAGAUCAGAGCAUAAAACCGUACUGAAGAGACUCAAAGAGGAGCAAACACGUAAACUGGCCAUCUUGGCCGAGCAGUACGACCAUUCCAUCAAAGACAUGCUGUCCACACAGGCUUUGCGAUUGGAUGAGACUCAGGAGGACGAGUAUCGAGCGCUGCGCAUGCAGCUGCAGCAGGAAUUGGAGCUGCUGAACGCCUAUCAGAGCAAAAUAAAGAUGCACACAGACACGCAACACGAGAGAGAGGUCAAAGACCUGGAGCAGAGAGUGUCUAUACGGAGAGCUCUCCUUGAGCAGAGGAUCGAGGAGGAGAUGUUGUCUCUGCAGAAUGAGCGUUCUGAGCGAAUCCGGGCUCUGCUCGAACACCAAGCUCGAGAAAUUGAGUCCUUUGACUCGGAAAGCAUGCGCCUGGGCUUUAGUAACAUGGCUUUGAGCGGCAUCCCUGCUGAGGCUUACAAUCAGGGUUACCCCAACCCUCCCUCAUCCGGACCCGGGGGCUGGCCGUCCCGUCCCGUGCCCCGCUCAGGCAGCCAGUGGAGCCAUGGCAUCCAAAACUCAGCGGCGCCGCCCUCUUGGCGCAGUCAAAACAGCACAGCCGGCUUCAGCCAAGGGGAGCAUAUCUCCAGCCGAGAGAGGGAUUUAGACGGCAUGGGUGCCCGUGGCUUUCCAAGCUCUCGCUCCUCCGCCUCGUCAGCAUCGUCUUCGUCCUCGCACCAUCACCUCCACUACGUGCCGCAGCAGUACCACCACCAGAGCACGCCACACCUGUACCGCGACAGCCGAGAGAGAGAGUGGGGAGGAGGCAGGGGAGGAGGAGGCCACCACCACUCAUCUUCAUCCUCCUCUCAUGGCCACUCGCAUCACAUUUCUUCCCAUGCCUCUUCCCAGUCCAUUGCUCUCCUCCCUCCACCACCUCCUCCUCCGCCCAUCUCCUUUUCCUCAUCUUCUCCUCCAUCCUCCUCCUCCUCUUCUUCCUCUCAGAGUGGCUAUGGAGGAAGGGGCGAGAGCUUGGCUGUGAGGGGCCCCAGCCUGAUGGCUUUGAGAAACAGUCCAGGGCCACUUCGGAGAACAGCCUCGGGCGGAGGUGCUGGCGGGUCGGGCGCAGAUGGAGCUUUGAGCCGAAGUACGUCGGUGACAUCGCACAUCUCCAAUGGAUCCCAUCUCUCCUACUCGUAGAGGGUCAGGCAGGAAGUUCAGAUGGUGCAGGUGAAUGUUUUGAGGAGAAAAGGCCUUCACGUAGCUCAUUUAGGAGUCCAACUGGGAGGCAGAGUGGAGAAACAGUAUUUAGAAGGGCGCACCUUUACUUAAAAGAAGAUAGAUCUCAGGGUUUUGGGAUGCGGGAGGGCUCAGGGUUUAGACCAGGAACAGGAGAGACGAGAGAUGUACUGUAACAGGAGCAGAAAGCUAUGCUGUUGAGUGUGUGGGAGGGAAGAGAUGAAAAUAACAUAAGUGGUGCCAAUACUGUAGAUUGGGCUCAUCCUCAGCCGGUUCAUUUUAGUUUAGUUUUAUUUUUAAACCGUCAGACAGAACCAUUGAAUUCUGCUUUCAUGUCCAGGUUUUUUCUUGCACAUCUAGGUUUAAGUUUUAAGAUUUGAACUUUAAAAGACUUUUCCAAGAUAUUAUCUAAUGCUUAAUCCUGGAUCAUAUUAAGCUGAAUUCGUUUAGUGCAAUUCAAUUAAAGACUGGGGUUUAUUUUUAAAGGAAUAGUUUGCCAAAAAUGAAAAAUCUGUCAUUUAUCUCACUCUCACGUUGUUACAAGCCCUACAUAUUGUUUUUUUUUUUUUCAUAGAACACGAGGAUUUUAAAGCAGCACUUUUUUAUGCAACAAGUUCUGUUACGAUCUAAAAUGGACCCAAAAACACCAUAGAAGAACCAUAGAAGUAGUUCAUUUGAAUUUUGUGCUAUAUUCAGAGUUUUCUGAAGUUGUCCACCUGCUUUGUUUGAGCAGACUGAAAUUGAAAAUUCAUUAGAAAUAGUACACUAAUGCAUUCAUCUUUUUGCAGAACCAAACAUGCGCUUUGUCUUUGUUUUGGAGCUGUGAACCUACGGUAUAUGGAAAAGAGCUGCAUUAAAGAGAUUUUUCAUAAUUUAUUCACAUUCUAUAUUCUCUCUGUGGAACAUAGAAGAAAUUUUGAGAAAUUUGUUCAUACAUGGGAGGUCAGUGGUAACCAGUAUUCUUUGAAAAAUCUUCUAUUGUGUUCCACUGAAGAAUUUAGUCUGCAGGUUUGAAAUGACAACAUUUUCAUUUUUAGGUGAACUUGCUCUUUGAGCUUUCUCUCUUGUGUUUCACAGAUGAAAUAACAGCAUAUAGGUUUGAAAUGACACGAGGGUGGGUGAACGAUGGCAGAAUUAUUCAUUGACUCUGUCUGAUGAGUGUAACUUGAUUUUGAGCCAGAGGAUGACGAGUCCUGCUAAUGUCAGUUUUACUGCUAACGGGAGCAGAGCGAACGAGUCGGAUGCAAUAGAAGGUGCUGUAGCAUGUUUCAGGGAGAAGAGGUGUAAACUGAGGAACUAAAAGGGUGAUUAAACUGAUUUUUGUGUAAUUAUGUAGAUAGCACUAAAACGAUACUAAAAGAACGUCCAUCAGUGAUGGUUUUUAAACUGUACAUUUGUAUUUGAGUCAAGGACAGGAGGCAGUUUUUUUUAUUUUGAAAUGAUUUUUGUAUUCUGUAUUUUAUUUUUUUUUUUUACGAUGCCACAUGUCAUACUGCCAUCUAGAGGCUCAGCUGACCUAAAGCAACUCCGCCCACUGUCCUUAUAAGGGCAAGCUGCCAUUUAAGUUGCAGUUGGUUUUAACUGGGCUGUAAUUCAGUCUCUGUUUUUAGCGUAGGCGUGAUAAAAUUACUUUUUAAAAGAGAUUGAACCUGGCUGGGUUAAUAAGCCAUUUCCUUGACUGUGUAAAUAUGAUGUACAUAUCAAAAAAAAAAAAAAGAGUUGGGUUACAAGUUUCUGUGCAUGAGACUGAUGUACAGAGACCAUUUGUAUACAAACAUACACAACAGACGUUUAUAUAUGACUUUGAGUAUAUAUGUGUAUAAUACAUCACCUGUCAAAGGUUUGACAGCGAAAGUCGUAAGAUUGUUUCCUGUUCAACACUUUUGAUCUCUAUUGUACUUUACAACGUGUAUAUACAAGCACUGACUCUUAUAUAGGGUAUUAAUAAUUCUGCUAGUUGAAUUGGAAAGUGAGACGGAAAAAAAAUACUGUCAUUAUUAUUAUUACACCUACUACUGCCGCUGUAAUAUUUGUGUUGUACACUAAUUUUUCUUUUUACAACUUUUUUUAAGACUUUUUUUUUUUAAUCAAUGCUUACCACUAGGUGGGAAAUGUUGGCACAGUAAGAAUUUUAAGACUACAUUUUAGAUUAAAAACAAAAAGGACUACCUAUCCCAGCAUUCCUUGUUACAUCUCAGGGUAGGAGUCUAUUGUGCAGUGCUUUGUCAGGAGAGUAGUAUUUUAGAGCCAGUAUUAAACUUGUACAGAACCUUUUAAGAGAUUUUAGCUGUAUAGAACAUUUCUAGACGACUGUAAAGUGUCUCAAACACCCCCCCCCCCGAUCCAGUCAGUUUUUUCCCUCCAUUUUCUUUUCUGGAAUGCAUUACUUUUUUUUGCGCAUUUUAAAUUUUAUGCACAAAACGGACAAAAGGCAUCACAAGCUGUUUACAUUGACAACCAAAAUCUCCAGCAUACCCGUAAGAACGUGGUGAAAGACGAAGCUCGAUUUUGCCAGUAAUGUUAUAUUUUUCCUUCGGGAAAACCGAAAUCUUUUGUGCUCCCACACUGCCAGCUCUCUAUAGACACCAGCGUUCACUCGGACUCUCCCUUCGCUCUCCUGAACCGAGGAGACGUGCAGUACCUCACUCCCCCUGUGCCUGGCCGAUCACCUCUUACUCCGUUUUCAGUGUUCAUUCCCAAACACGUUUUCCUCCCAGCACCGCAUUCCCUUAUUUCUUUCCUUACUAACGGCUAUGGACAGAAGAGGAAGAAAAAAAAAAUCCUCGGCCCAUCUGUAGCUCUGGGCUACCAUGUAAUGUGUUUACAGCAACACAUGCUGGAUUCUUAUUAGCGUGUCCUCUUGAGGGGGUGUUUCAGUAUCUGGUGGUAGGAAACUUAAGGUAAAUGUAUAAAAUUGCUGUCAUCAUCCUGCAGUGUUUGAAGAACUGGAGCUGCAGGUGUCUGGAAGAGUGUGUGUAGCCUGUGCCGAAAUGUAUUGCAAAAUUGUGAUGCUUGAAAGGGCGAUGGAGAGCUUGGUUGUUCAGGGAGCUCAGAAAAAUAGGCCAAAUUUCAUUCAGGUGAAAUGACUACAGGAGAACUCUGUAACACAUGGGCUAUAGAACUUGUACAGAAAAUGAUUAACAAGUCAUUAAAAAGGAUUCAAACAAAAUGUCCUUGUGUGAUCUGUCUGGACUAAUGCACAUUUAGCUUUUAGCUCUAGCCUGUUUUCUGAAUGGUGAGAGUGCGCACUGAAGGUAGAGAAAAGACCGUUUCCAUAGAGACCGAGGCAAUACUAAAUGGGAAUUACUGGUUGCUUACUAAAGAAGCACAUGUUGGUUCUGGUGUAGGGCUAUUAGUCACAAAAUGAUUCCAUUUAGUUAUAGGAUAUUUUGUAGUUACAUUCUGUACAUUUGUUUUACUCUGCAGUGUUAUGUGUA